AUGAUCAUGAUUUUAAUACCGAUAAUCCAAAUUCAUACUUUUCCAACAUUAUACGGUUCAAGGGAACCCGAAUUUCGUUCUAUUAUUGUAAAAUAUCCAAAAGAAUCAUCAUCUUUUAAAAUUGGAUCCAAACAAUUCAUUGAAUGGAAAUCCACAUUACCCCAUUCCACUGAAGUUGUUGUAGAAAUAUUGAGUUCUCCACGUUAUGAGUUCAGUCCUCCUGAAAUCAUUUGGAAAACCACCGCCAGUGUUGGUAAUGGAAAGGUUUCAUUUAUUGUAGGACAAUGGUUUUAUUAUAAUAUUUAUAAUGCCAGAGUUUAUACUCAAAAUCAUCCUCGAAUAACUGGUACUUCUGGUCAUUUCACCAUCCAUUCUCUACCAAUACAAUCAUAA